AUGGCAACAGCACCUCCUCUUGCCCCCCGUCCUCCUCAGUUGACAUUGGAUGAGAUUCUCAACUCCAAAGUCAACUAUGCUGUCGAGGACGAUCCUCUCGAGGUUUGGGACAAGGGCGUCUUCCUGAAUGAGCUUCUCAGACAGGGUAUCGUCCUCAGCACUGACAAGACUGGUGCUCUCGAUGGCAAUCUUGUUGCGCGCAAGGGUCUCCAGACUGGUACCUAUAUGGGUACACGCUUGGCCUUGACUGAACUAUACAAGAUUCUCGAAGAAGCCGCUGCCUCUCACUUCGACACUCAGGGAUUCGAGCCCAUCUUUCCCGUCAAACGUGAUCUCGCUGUUAAGCAGAGCACCUACCAAUGGAGCGACCCUAGCGACUGCUAUCCCCCUCAUCUGAAAACCGAUACCCUCCCCAAGGAUGAGCAACAAAGUCCGGACGGUGGCCCCAGAAAAGACGGCGUCGGACAAAUCUUCAACGAGACAGAAGUCAACUUCGUCAAAAAGCUUGCCUUCAUGUUCUCCUUCAUCAUCCCUAAAGAACUCUCAUCAACCGAUGGUCCCUACGUCGGACCAACUCUUGCCGACGUUGAGAAGUGGAGCAAGGACAACCAGCCAAAGGCUGACUCUGACGCUGACCAGAGCGCGAAGCCCAAUGGCGCUGUUGUCAAUGGCGUCAAGCAAAGCCAGAACGCAGAUAUCAUGAAGGGCAGAAACAUGGGUGAACACGAUGAUUGGUACUCUGAUGCCAAGUUUGCGCAACAGCACUUCAGCGGUGUCAACCCUUCGACUAUCGAGACUGCUCCUGCUGAGAAGAUCAAAACUUACAUUGCCGAGGCAGAAAAGCAAGGCCUUGACGCGGUGAAGAAGUUACUCGAGGAGGGCAAGGACCUUUUGAUUCAGGAUUAUUCCUACUUCCGUGAGGCCACUGGAGUCAAGAACGACGAAGAGUUCAAAAACACAAUCCCGAACCCAAAUCCUAACGGCCAGCCCAGCUACCGAUAUGCUGCCGCCUCGGUCGUUGUCUUCCAGCUCCACGAGGACGGUCGCCUCCACCCAUUGGCAAUCACCCUUGACUACCAGGGCUCUCUCGAUAACUCCGUCACCAUCUUCAACAAGAGACUGAACCCUGAUGACAAGGGCAAGAUCGCUGAGAAGGACGACUGGCCUUGGAGAUACGCCAAGACCGUUGCCCAAACAGCAGACUGGGCACGACACGAAGUAGCCACCCAUCUUGUCGACACGCACAUGAUCGAGGAGGCCAUCAUCGUCGCCACCAACCGAACCAUCCCCGAGCGUCACAUCCUCUAUGAGAUCCUCAGCCCUCACUGGUUCCGAACCCUUGCUCUCAACGACGCUGCGCGCAAGCUUCUUGUUCCUCUUGUCAUUGCUCGCAUCUCCGGUUUCGCCUCUGGACAAAAGCCUGAUCCCAAGGUCGGCGCUUUUGGGCUGGUUAACUGGUCGUACAAGAACUUCAACUUUCAGGAUAAGUACAUUCCCAAUGAUCUCAAGAAGCGGGGCUUUGACAUUGAGGGUGAAAAGAGUGAUAAAUACCGCAACUAUCCCUAUGCUAGCGAUAUGUAUCUCCUCUGGGGUAUUAUCAGGGAAUUCGUCAAGUCUGUUCUUGAGACCAAGUAUACUUCAGAUGAUAUCGUUGCCAAGGAAGCUUGUAUUGCCGAUUGGUGUAAGGAGAUUCAGACCAGUGGCCAGAUUCCUUCAUUUCCCACCAUCACUACAGUGGACCAGCUCAUCGACGCCGUCACCAUGUGCAUCCACACUGCAUCACCUCAGCACACAGCUGUCAACUAUCUUCAGGACUACUACUACAGCUUCGUCCCCUCUAAGCCCCCGGCGCUCUGUACGCCUCUGCCCAAGAGCCUCCAGGAUCUUGAGGGCUAUACCGAGCAGCACCUGACCGACGCUCUCCCCAUCGGUCUCAAGGACGCCAAGUGGAAGGACUGGCUUCUAGCUGCGCAACUGCCCGAGCUGUUGAGUUUCAAGGUCGAGGACCGCUACAACCUCAUCACCUACGCCAAGUCUCUGUACAAUGUUAACAAGGACCGCACCAUUACUGAGAACAAGGAGUUGAACUCGGAGGCAAUUAAGGAUGCCGCCGAGAUUUUCUAUAGUCGGCUUAAGAAUGCGGGUUUGGCGUUUGACUAUUUCUCUGCAAUACAGACUCCUGGUUCUAUUGAGUACCCUGUGCUUCAGCCUGAGGUUACGGCUGUUUCGAUCUUGAUUUAG